UGCUUCAAAAUUCUCGUGCCCUGGCACUAUGCAAAGGCGGGCCUGAGGCGUGCCAGAGGCAGUCUCCUCCCUUUGCCUGCCUUCUUCCUCAUUCUUGUGCCUUGGUAUCACAGACGCAGCCGACCUGGUGGGGGUUCUCUGUAGCUCCAUGCUUUCUGUCAUCCUGGCUGCCGGCUCCAGCUGCUGACAGGACUGCCAUUUUCUGCAACCUCCAGGGUCAGGAAAAGAAAGACGUCUCAAAACUUCCAAAUCACUUCCUCUUGGCCCAGGAAUGAUGGCUGCCAUAACAGAAGAAGGCUCUUGCAUCAACUUCAAGGAAAUGGUGUUUGUUGACAACACGCUUUACUUUAUACCUGAAGAUAAUGGAGACCUGGAGUCAGACCACUUCGGCAGACUUCACUGUACAACUGCAGUAAUGCGGAGCAUAAAUGACCAGGUUCUCUUCGUUGACAAAAGAAAGCAGCCUGUGUUUGAGGAUAUGCCUGAUAUUGAUCGGAAUGCCCAUGGAUCCCAAACCAGACUGAUAAUAUAUAUGUAUAAAGAUAGUGAAGUAAGAGGACUGGCUGUAACUCUGUCUGUGAAGGAUGGAAGAAUGUCUACCCUCUCCUGUAAAGACAAAGUCAUUUCCUUUGAGGAAAUGAAUCCACCUGAAAAUAUUGAUGAUAUAAAAAGUGAUCUCAUAUUCUUUCAGAAACGUGUUCCAGGACACAACAAAAUGGAGUUUGAAUCUUCACUGUAUGAAGGACACUUUCUAGCUUGCCAAAAGGAAGAUGAUGCUUUCAAACUCGUUUUGAAAAAGAAGGAUGAAAAUGGGGAUAAAUCUGUAAUGUUCACUCUUACUAACAUACAUCAAAGUUAGGUAUUAAAGUUUUUGUGUGGGCUGGAGAGAUGGCUCAGUGGUUAAGAGCACUGACUGCACUUCCAGAGGUCCUGAGUUCAAAUCCCAGCAACCACAUGGUGGCUCACAACCAUCUGUAAUGAGAUCUGAUGCCCUCUUCUGGUGUGUCUGAAGACAGCUACAAUGUAUUAAUAUAUAGUAAAUAAAUAAAUUUAAAGUUUUUGUGUUCCAGAAAGAUGAUUAGUACACAUGAGUCUUAUGAUAACCUACUCUGUAUUUCCAUAACAAAAUACCUGAGGCUGCAUGAUUUAUAGAGUAAACAAGUUUAAUUGUC